AUGUCUAAGGAAGAAGAAGAGUACGAUGAUUUAGAUGAUUUAUUGAAUGAAGACCCAUCACAAUUUGAUCAGGAGCCUAAUACGAAUGGUGAUGAUGCGGUUAAGAAUCUAGAAAACAGUUUCAAUAAUUUAAUGAGUCAAGAUACCACAAAAGGAGACAGUGGGGAGACGGUCAAGAAUCUUCAGAGUUUGUUACAUUACUUAGGUGGUGAAGCAAAAUCAGACCAUAUAAACGAGCCUGGCUUCAACAACGUGAUCUCGAGCACGUUGGAUAGAUUGAAGAAAAAUGGUGGUAAGAUUGAUGCAAGUUUAAAUAAUGAAGAGUCAAAUUCGGAUGAUAUGUUGUCUAAUCUGUUCAGCCAAAUGCUGGACGGAAAUUUGGGUGAUGACGAAAAUAUGGAUAGUGCCAUCUUAACUAUAUUGAAUCAAAUGUCUUCUAAAGAGGUAUUAUAUCAACCUAUGAAGGAGAUGCAAACCGAUUUUAUUGAAUGGUUUGAAAGAAAUGAAGGUAAGGAUGAAUAUAAGGACUCAAUGCCCGUUUACAAGAAACAGUUUGAUUUAGUCGAACAACUAGUGCAUAUUUAUGAAAUAGAUGAUUACAAUAAUGAAACGUAUAGAGAUCAAAUAACGGAACUUUUGGAUAACCUAGAACAAUUGGGUGACUCUCCAGUAAGUAAGGGAUUCAAUAAUUCUGGAACCAAUUCUGAUGGUAUAGAUGAGUUAACAAAAAUUCUGGGAAGUAACGGUAAUGAUAAAGAAGGCUUACCUGAUUUGGAUAAAGAAUUAGAGGAUACAUGUAAGCAACAAUAG